AUGGUUUCAUACAAGCUUAUUGAGUCGUUAGCUCUUCUUCUUAGCCUCAUUGGCUUAUUAGCCUUCUUCCCUGUCUCCCAAGCCCAAAACUCUCAAGAUGACUACCUAUCACCCCACAAUGCUGCACGUUCAGAUGUGGGUGUUGGAUCAAUGACAUGGAACGACACAGUAGCUGCUUAUGCUCAAGACUAUGCCAACCAGAGAGCCGGAGAUUGUGCUCUCCAGCACUCUGGCGGACCGUACGGUGAGAACAUUGCUUGGAGUUCCGGUGACAUGUCGGCCACAGAUGCUGUCAAUAUGUGGGUUGAUGAGAAAGCCUACUAUGAUUACAAUUCCAAUUCUUGUGCCGAGGGAAAAGAGUGUGGGCACUAUACCCAGGUGGUUUGGAGCAGCUCGAAUCAGCUUGGUUGUGGUAGAGUUACUUGCAACAGUGGAGGGACCUUCAUCACUUGCAACUAUUAUCCUCCAGGCAACUAUGUAGGAGAGAAACCUUAUUAA